AUGGAGAUAGUGCGUGCUUACGUGACACUGAAACUCGCAAGCGGAACACUCGAUGAGCGCAUCAUAGCUGAAACUGUGUGGUGGCACAUGAUGAAAGCUACGGAGUAUCGGCGACGAGGUCUGUUCAUACCCCCGGCAACCACGACGGAGCAGGCGGAUUUGCAUGGCGAGCACAAUAUUCAAGCGGUAGAUCAUGAAAAGCGGUCGUCAUCCGAACAGAUCCACGACAUCAUGGCUCAAAUUCCAUUCGAAGCGAGCGCUAUCGAACUCCGAGACGGACUGUUCAAGAACCCGCUGAGCGGCAGGCUUGUGAGCUACAACCUUUUUCCUCUGUUACUCGGCGGCUUGCCAUUUGCAGAAGUUUUCGACUGGUUGUCCACAGAAUUUCUGAAGAUGCCAUGGAGGCUGCCGCAGGCAUGCAAAGAGCAGGAAGCUUUACUGACACCUGGUGGUCAAGAAUUGCGAGGGCAGGUCUGCCCGCCGUGCGGUGUUCUUCCACAUCAAGUGGAGUGGUUCCACGAGCAAGUUUUUCUCGCUCGCUUUGUUGCAGACGUCGGGGGAGAGUUGGCUGCAAAGGAGCAGGAGGAGAACGAGAACGCGGAAAAAAAUCAGAGUGCUGAUCGUUGGAGAAAAACAAAAAAGGCAAUGAUGACCAACAAAAAUGCAGAAAGUUACAGUUCUUCCAGUGCGAUUAUAGAAGAUCAAGUUGCGUCUUUCCGGUCGCAUAAGCACGUUUUUCACCGAGAUCUGCAAGUGAGAUCCUGGAUUCCAUUCGACCUUGACACCGAAGAAGAAGCGUGGGCAGUGGUAUUAACGGGUCUCCCUGAUGACGAGACUGGAGGCGCAGAUACGAAACAAGAAAGAUCAUGGAUGGAGAAUGAAGAUUUCAAGAAAAUCCUCCGCAACCUGCACGUGUACAUCACCGCAAUUCGUGUUCUUGCUCGCUCUGUGCUGAAGCGUGCCAAAGUGCGUCGUCCCUUUCUUGUUCUGCACACGAGUAAGCGACUUCUUAGCGCAUCAGAACGCCGGCAGCACGAAUGCGAAAGCAGCGGAAAACAAGGUGAGCUACAGCCAACGACUAGUACAACAGGCAAGCAACAGCAAAGGCUUUCACACAAGCAAGACAACGAGGUAGAAGAUUUUUCAUUUCUGCUCGACCUUUUGCGACGCGAUGGCCUGACUCCUGUUUACGUGCCGCCACCGGAGGUCGAGCACCUGCCACGUACCGUGAAAGUCCGCGGAGACGAUGAGUUUACCGACGACGACUCGUGGCGGCAAACUCUAACUUCGUCAUGGUGGUCCAAAAUUCGGCUGUGGCAGCUCACACAGUACCGAAAAAUCGUGUAUCUAGACGCGGACAUGCUCGCAAUGCAGAAUCUGGAGCCACUCUUUAUUAUGGCGACCACUCUGAACGAUUGUGAAUUCGUUCCUGUUUUCAAGAGCAUUAUCCUCAACAUUCUCUCAAUCUCCAUUCAGUAGAUUCAAGCAAAGUAGGAGCGUGGAGCUUAUCUGUGUGUGUGUAAAAAGAAAUGGUUUUCGACCUACUCGCGCUAACUUCAGUAUCGACGCAGAUUUCGCUUUACCGCUGUAUGAGGACAGCGUGAUCGGCUUGAUGGUGAUUCGCCCGAAUGUGGACACUUAUAAUCACAUGCUGGCAGAGCUUGGGGCGGAGGCAGAGAGGGUUAAUGCGCGCUUGCGCUCCGUCGAUCAAGCCUUCCAGCAUGCUUUCUGGUUCGGAGCUGGGCUACAGGAGGCAGGAUACGCAGUAUUCGACGAAAGUGGUACCUUUUUACACUGCGACCAGCGCUAUUACGAAGAUUGGGUACUAGAAGCUGAUGCACAGACGGACAAAGGCCGAAGUGCGGCAGUGAAUAUGCCAGAUGGAGCAGGAGCUACGCAAGACCAGGAAGGUCCGAGGACAACAGAAUAUGCAGUGGACCAUGGUGAAGAGAACAAAGGCGAGAACGGAGUCCGCAGGAUCUGGGUGAACAACAGGCCAUACUUGCAACCACCAAAAUUUGCAGCUAGCGGCGACAAAUUACGUGACUACAACUCAACCGAGGAUCAUCCGCUAUAUCAGGCAGACAAAGUAGUUGUAGCAGACGCGGAGGUGCAAAGUGGUGAAGGAGUGAAAGAGAACCUCCUAUCUCAAACUCCGGAUAAGGAGGACCACGAGGAGAAGCAUGAGAGCAGCAGUAAAAUAUCAGAUAGCAACCCGUCUUCAUCAGGUGCCUCUACAAGCAGCUACAAAAUCUGCGUCCUGCCUCUUGAGUACCACUUCGCUGUCACGUAUCCGCAGGUUCACCGCUUAGUGCGGUACCCCAAGCGCUACUCCAACUCGGCGGAUUUGGUGUACAAAGUCGUUUCGCGAGUCGAGACUCACGCGAAACUUCUGCAUUGGCCCGGCGAAAAACGGAAGCCGUGGAUGCACUACUCCCAAGUGGCGCGGACACCCUAUGACAGUCUCUGGUGGGUGGAGUACGAAAAUCUUGAAAAUCAUGACAGGAUUUUAUCGGCGGAAAGACAGCAACCAACAAUACAAUUCAAUUGUUAGAGGUAAAGCUGCUACUUUUCUUUGCUGUGUCAGUAGAAAGGGAGCACUUUUUCCGUUUUUGAAGCGCGUUUGGCUGAAAAAAG